UCUUUUAUCAUUUUCUCUUGAUAACAUUUUUUUUUUUUUUUAUAUAUCAUACCAAUCCUUUGAAAUGGGAAACAGCCAGACAACCCCAUCGUCCCCCGCCACCGGAGGGUACAUUGCUGCGUCCAUCCCUCCCAGCGGCGUUGUCACCAUCCUUAGCAUUGAUGGAGGUGGCAUCCGUGGCAUCAUCCCCGGCACCAUUGUCGCUUACCUUGAAGAGCAGCUUCAAACUUUUGACGGUCCGGAUGCAAGAAUAGCGGACUACUUCGAUGUGAUUGCCGGAACGAGCACCGGAGGACUGAUGACCACCAUGUUAGCGGCGCCGGACAAGAACAAGCGCCCCCUCUACGCCGGCAAGGAUAUCGUCCCUUUCUACAAGGAGCACGGACCAUAUAUCUUUCCAGGAAACACAUCGGCGUGGCAAAACAUGUUGGCAGGCCCCAAGUACGACGGCAAAUACCUACACCAAGUCCUCAAGAACAACCUGGGAGACACCCGGUUGAGCCAAACUUUGACUCAUGUUGUCAUCCCUACCUUCGAUAUCAAGACCUUCCAACCCACCGUUUUCACCACCUGCGAUGUUAAUGAUUCCCCCGAAAAGAAUGCUAAGUUGUCAGACAUAUGCAUUGCCACCUCCGCAGCUCCCACGUACCUCCCCGGCCAUUACUUUGACACCGCCGAUGCUAAGGGCGGAAAGGUCGAGUAUAACCUCAUUGACGGAGGUGUAGCGGCAAACAAUCCGACUCUUAUUGCGGUUAGCACGGUGACACAAAGGAUGAUGGCUGAGGAUAAAAAAUUCCUGCCAUCAUCAAUUUCGUCGAAUGAUCCAACUGGGUGCCACCAUUUAUUGAUAUUGUCGAUCGGCACCGGCAAUGCAAAAAAAGCCGAUAAGUACACGGCGCAACAGGCGGCGACAUGGGGUGUUUUGGGGUGGCUGGCCCAACGAGACGGCAACCCUUUGAUUGAUGUAUUCUCCGGUGCAAGUGCGGACAUGGUGGAUUAUCAUAUCGCCACCAUUUUCCGUUCUCUUAAAGCCGGAGAUAACUAUCUCCGCAUCCAGGAGGAUGAUUUAAAAGGGUCGACCGCCUCGGUUGAUGUUACGACAAAAGAAAACUUGGAUGCACUUGAAGAGGUUGGCAAGAACUUGUUGUCCAAACCGGUUAUGAAGCUGAAUCUAUUGACAGGGAAGAAUGAACCGGUCCCCCAAGCUGGAACUAACCAAGAUGCUCUGAAAAGGUUGGCCGGUUUGCUGUCGGAGGAGAGGAGGCGCCGCACAAUCGCGGCACUUAACGGCAACUAGUAGCCAAGUUACGUUGUUGAUCAAUAAUGAGAUCAUAUCGUGUGUCUUUUAUUUCUGAUACUUGAAUUAUUGUUGAAUAAGGCACAUACCCUGCCACAUAAAAAAGGUUGUGCGACUGGGAUUGUUUACAUAAGUAUGUGUCAUGUGUGUUAGUGUGUGUAUCUUGUACUGUUCUGGGGAAGAAAAAUUCCGGUUUAUAUUACUAUGAAUGUAAUAAUAAUUCUCAAAGAAGAAUGGAAUAAAUCAUUAUCAAUUGCUCUUCUCAUAACAGAUUCUCUGUUCUUUCAGCA